CCAGUGAACGAUAUGGUUGUUGCUGCUAUCAAAACCCUGAAGGAGCGCAACGGAUCGUCCCUGCAGGCCAUCAAGAAGUACAUCGCUGCCAACUACAAGUGCGAUGUCGCCAAGCUGGCCCCAUUCCUCAAGAAGGCCUUGAAGAACGGUGUCGAGAAGGGCAAGUUUGUCCAAACCAAAGGAACUGGUGCAUCCGGAUCGUUCAAGCUGAAGGCUGAGGCCAAGAAGGCCGCCGGCGAGAAAAAGCCCAAGAAGGCCGGUGAGAAGAAAGCCAAGAAGGCUACCGGUGAGAAGAAGAAGGCUGCCAAGAAACCAGCUGGGGAAAAGAAAGCCAAGAAGCCAGCCGGCGAGAAGAAAGCCAAGAAACCAGCUGCAGCGAAAAAAGCCACAGCUGCCGGUGCAAAGGCCGCCAAAAAGGCCGGAGGUGUGAAGAAGGCCGCUGCCCCGAAACAAAAGGCCACCAAGCCAUCCAAGACCGCCGCAAAGAAGCCAAAGACCCCGAAACCGAAGAAGGCCGCCCCCGCCAAGAAAGCUGCCGCGAAGAAAACCGCCGCCAAGAAGUAAUCUGGCGAUUUUCGGAACCAUCAGUCGUCAUACUGCGAAACAGUAUCCCACUUUCAAAUCAGUCCUUUUCAGGACUACCAUCUUAGAUCUUACCAAAGAGUUAAAAGUUGAAAUGGUUUCCUAUCAUCCAAUGCCAGGUCAUACGUUUCCUAGAAUACUGCUAGGUGCAAUUCUCAAAUAGGCCGGUCAGCUCGGCAUGAUUGAGUGUUGCCUUUUCGCUGCCGCCGAGCUUCCAGAGUGAAACUCUCGAAUCUUUGCACCGUGUUGGUGUAGUUAAGGUUAAUUGAAAAUGACUGCAACUUCCCUGCAGAUUGAUUGGUUGGUGAAAUUCCUGUUACUACCCGGUUGACAUAAAGCAAGUCACCUGGAAGGCUGCACUUGAAAUGAUGAAAUUCACAAACACCAAUCGUGAGAAGCACUAAUUGUCACGAUACAGCCAUUUCUGUCUUCGCGCUUCGAUAUAACGUGCAUUUUACCCUCGAUAUACGUACACUAAAAUUUGUCUCAAUGUGCACUUAUUCUGGGUAGCAUGGCUAAAGCUGCAAUCGCAAAGCGAUGAUUUGGGGUGAUUUUAUCGUUUAUCUGGAGAUCAUUACUGGGAAAGUUAGAACUUUUCAUCGAAGCAAAAUGUACGUUAUAAACAGAAUUUCCCGACUGGAAAAGGAAUUGAAUCCGCCGUCUCCGGGUUGGCGAUCGAAAACCCUAUCCCCUAGGCUAACCGGAGACCCCAAUCUCACUUUCGAUCGCCAACCAGUUCCCCACUCAUCGGACAGAACUGCAAUUCUGACCGAGGAUUUCAAACGUUUAACCCAGUGUGCCUACUGACAGCCCUCUGAAAAUCUUAGAUCUACACGCCCUUGGUACAAUGAAAGCACAGGAUGCACAAGUUCUUCGCAGUUUUACACAUACCUCAAUAGUGAACGGCUUGCUGAUCCCAGUUUAGGGCACUGCCGGCCGGGUGGGUUAAACAGGCGACAACACUCCGCGACACACGCGAUUCAACACCCGGGCACAAGAACAAAACAAACUAUUUACAAUGGACACAUUCACGCUGUGUGCAUGACCACUGUACUUCCGGCGGCAGUCUUCCGCUAUAGGUUCAAAUUUUGAACGAUGAAUCAAACUGGCACUCCCGCAACGGAGACGCGACACUCAGCUAGACGGACACCGAACUGAACUGACUA